AUGUAAAACUGUUAUAAUAAACUGUUAUAAAAUUUCAUUAGUUCGUGUUGUAUAUCCUGUCAAUUAUUAGGAAUGUGUAAUAUGAACACACCCUAUAAAAAAACUGUGUUAUCUAUGCUUUAAAAUCAAACCUGUUGCGCUUAUUGAUAGUGUAGAGCACAUAACUCUUCGGUGUAGAGUUUGCCACACCAAAAUUCAAUUGGCGAUGGCGCUGAUAGAGAAAGAAUCAAGUUGUGAUUGUGGUAUGCCACAAUUGAAAAUAAGUAAAGAGUCUUUUGAUAAGCUAGCAUAUGAUACUCAAGAGAUGACAUUACAAACUAAGAAUACUUGUGCCAAUCAACCGAUAACUACGCCAACAGUGUUAAUUAUUUUUGCUGGAGCUGAUUUAAAUGCUGCCGCCUAUCAUUUAUCCAAAUCACUGGAGGCACCUUUUGAAGCAAACGCUGUUGUAACUGUGCUGGUUCAGGAAUCUGUGCAAACGGAAUUUAUUGCAAUUGCACAAAAUAAUUUAAAAGCUUACACAAAUGAAGUUCCACAACAUCCUGGCUUUGUAGCUGCUCUCCAAACGAUAGAAAAACUUAAUGCAAAGACUAUUAAUGCUAAUGGAGUUGAACGCAAUCAAUCACCCACAAUUGUAUUAGACUUUACACACGAGCAGCUGAGCGCUGUAGGCCCAACCGGUAUCGUCACUUUGCACACGUUCCGUACAGCUAAAGAAGCCAUUGCACUUUGUGCUAAAGAAACUGUAAAUUUUAAAAAUGCCUCCUUAUGGCAUGAGAAUCAUUCUUGCGCUUAUGAAUUGGUAGCAGCUCUGAAAUGUGGUAACUAUUUCAUUAAUUGUAAUUUAGUGCCAUUAGAUGUUCUAAAAGAUCACAUUAAAGCUGGUCGUAGUUAUGUAGCCAUUGACAAUUCUUAUCACUAUGAAACUUUGCCAAUAAGUGGAAUACAAAAAAGUGUUGUUUUUCCUAUUGGAACAAUUUUUGCAAAUUAAAUAUAUUUCUGUGUGUAAAAAAUGCAUUUACUUACACGUGUUUAAA